ACUGGCUGAUUGGGUGGGGAGGGGAGGUUGUGUGCAGUUCACUUCAGACCCGCGUGGAAAGACGCACGAGACGCUCCUCACCGGCAGCAGGUAGCCUACUCUGUUCACCGGACCCUCCGCGCGCAUCGACCGACAUGUUGGGCGUCGUCGCCAAGCAGCUGAAGAGCCAUCCGGCGCUCAUCCCUCUCUUCAUCUUCAUCGGUGGCGGAGCAACCAUGAGCGUGAUGUACUUGGCUCGGCUGGCUCUGAAAAACCCCGACGUCUCAUGGGAUCGCAAGAACAACCCUGAGCCCUGGAACAACUUGCAGCCCAAUCAGCAGUACAAACUCUUCAAAGUUAACAUGGACUACUCCAAGCUGAAGAAGGACAGGCCGGAUUUCUAAGUCACUGUGACUUCACACCUCCAACUUCGACACAGUCGUCGGUGUGGGGAGCCCUUUGCACUUUUUAGAAAACCUAUACUCAUGACAUAUGAAGGUUGAGUCGCACUGCGUGCUGCACUCAUUAAUUUAUGUUAAUUUAAGUUCCCAAUGUGAAGGGAGGAAGGGAUCCUUCACAUAUCCGUGACUGUAUGAAUAAAACAGGCGGCCACCUGUUUUUACUAUAAUGAAGAAUUUAUUUUUGACUUCAUGUUAAUUAUUAAAACGAUUGUAAUCUCACAA